AUGAAGAUCGGAUCCCAGCAUACGACACAAUACACAUCACGGAACAGCGGCUUUGUCCGGGAAAUUGCAAUUGUGUUUCAGGUAAAAAGGUUCGAUUUUCAUAGGCUGACCUUCUUGAGUUUCCCGUCGGCGGCUACCUUCCGCCCCUCUGUUUGGGGAUCUCACUGCUCCGGCGAACAUGUGCAUAUCUUUAAGGUGGGUCAGGUGUAUUCUGCUUUCUCAGUAUUGGGGAAGAUUCUCAAGAUGGGUUUUCAACCGAAUAUUAUAAACUUGACUACACUGAUUAAAGGACUCUGUGUUAGUAACAAGGUUGGGGAAGCACUAGACUUUCACGAGGAGUUAAUGGCUAAAGGAUUUCAGUUAAAUGAAGUCAGUUAUGGAACCUUAAUCCAUGGGUUGUGCAAAACAAAGAGAACAAGAUCUGCCAUUGAGUUGCUGGAAAAGAUGAAGGGGCUUGGAAUUAAGCCUAAUGUGGUUAUGUACAACACGAUAAUUGAUGGUUUUUGUAAGGAUGGGCAAACGUAUGAGGCCCGUGAUUUAUGUUCUAAAAUGAUUGAUUGUGGAAUUUUACCAAAUAAUGUCACUUACAACUCACUUGCCCACGGUUUCUAUAGUAUGGGCAAAUGGCAAGAAGCUACUCAAUUGCUCCUUGAAAUGCUAUUGAAAGACAUCAAACCUGAUGUUUAUACCUUUAGCAUACUGGUUGAUGCAUUUUGUAAAGAGAGAAGGAUCACAGAAGCUCAAGCAUUGUUUGCUAAGAUGAUGAAAUGUGGUGAGAGGCCUAAUGUUGUAACUCAUGGUGCUUUGAUGGAGGGGUAUUGUUUGAUGAAUAAUGUUAAUGAGUCAAAGAAAGUAUUCAACAAAAUGAUCCAAAGUGGUUUGACACCUACUGUAGUUAGUUAUAGUAUUUUACUUAAUGGACUCUGCAAGGCUGAUAUGGUCGAUGAAGCUUUGGAUCUCUUUAAAGAAAUGCGCCGAAAAAACUUUGCCCCCAAUGUCGUAACUUACAAUGCUCUCAUUGAUGGCUUAUGCAAAUCAGGAAGAAUGUCAUCUGCACAAGAUCUUGCAUGUGAGAUGUAUGCCAGUGGUCAAUCCCCUAAUAUAAUCACAUAUAAUACCUUGUUGGAUGCAUUUUGCAAAAGCCAAAAUCUUGACACGGGAAUUGUGCUAAUUAAGCAAGCUAUUGACCAAAGAAUUUGGCCUUGUAAGUACACAUAUAGUAUACUCAUUGAUGGUUUGUGUAAAGGUGGUAGACUAGAUACAGCCCAAGAGAUUUUUCAAUACCUUUUGGUCAAAGGCCAUCAUCUUGAUGUUUGUGCAUUUAACAUUAUGAUCCAUGGCCUUUGUAGAGAAGGCUGGCUUGAUGAAGGUAUGAUCUUGCUUCAAAAAAUGAAAGAGAAUGGCUCCCUCCCUGAUUUAAUAACAUAUAGAACACUUAUCCGAGCCUUUUUGGAAAAAAGUGAGAAUGCUAAGGUGGAGAAGCUUCUUUUUGAAAUGACUGAUAGUGGUCUUCUAAAACAAUAAAACGAGGUCAAAUACUCUAGUUGUAUUUAUAUUGUACAUAUUGAAAUUUGUCUUCAUUGCCUAGCAAGUUCUUGCUUCUUUCUGACCUAAAUUGUUAGAUUAUUCAAUGGCCGGGAAGGCAUUCAAGAAUUUUUGUUCAAAGUUAUAGGUUAAAUAUAUUUUUUGACUUUGUAUACAUGUUAACCAUGAUUAUUACUUUUGUUUUAACAUGAAAUUUGUGCCUUCUUCCUUCAUGUCUCUUUUCUAAUUUAUUUAUUAAGUUCAAGGUGUGUCACAUUUGUUGCUUAUGAAUUAGCAUUUCUGCUUUUAAAUUGUAGCUAAAAUAAAAUUUUCUUGAAUUACACAAUCUAAAAUGAUAAUGGCUUGCAGAAUAUUAUGGACCACAUGAAAAGUUCUUUUAUUUGUUUUACAACUAAGCAAAUAAUGUGUGAAUAAAGCAUAAAUAAUGGUUUAAGAGUGUGUACUAUUCUAAUGUUAUGUUGGAUUUUCUUGAAGGGUUUCCAAAUGCUUGUUUCUUUAGGCUUACUAAAUAGGUUUGUUUUUUGGGUCUUUGUUCAAAUGUCCUUUAGGUUAAUUAUCAUGAGCAUGAAAUGUUUGAGCCCUUGAAUCUCCAAUGUUUGUUUUUAUAAUUUUCUUCUUAUUUUUAUAUUCAACCACAGGAGGCUUAGCAACUUGUGAGUGUGAGCAUCAAUACCAUAAUUUAGUUGUUUGAUGCAAUUUAAAAUGUGUGCUGAGAUUUGAUCAGAAUUUUUGCCUAAUUAUUGGUAGAUAUGAUUUUGUAUCAUUUUCUUGUCUUCUACGUAUGCACUGCAUAAAAUCUUCUGCUAUUGAUGAAUUUCAGAGUUCCUUGGCAUACUAAACAUUCAAAAACUGUCUUUCAUGAGCAUGCAAAUGGAAAUAUGUUUAUAAAAGUCACCAGCCAACCUUCUUAUACUAGCGAUUUUUCAAAAUGUGUCUGACAAAUAUCAUAAUGAAUGUAUUAGAGGGAUGAAUGCUAUCCUCAUUGCUUAAACAAGAUCUUGAAUAUAUGAGAUUCUACAUUAAGAUUAGAAAAGUGUUGAUACAGAUUUAUAUGUCUGUUUUUUUAGUACAUGACUAUUUUUGCAAGAUUGUAACUUUAUUUGCUUUGGCUUUUGGGGGAUGAAAUUCAAAAUUCAUACAAUUCCAAUAUGAAACUUAUCCCUUACCUUCCAAUCACUUUUGGGAAAAAAUUGAAAAAAAGAGGAGAAAGAAACAAAAAGAAUUCACAAUAAGUUCAAACACAUCACUUCUUUGUUUUCUUUUUGCCAUUUAUUAUACAUUCAAGUGAGGGAUCAAGUUAUACCUUCUAUUAUCAUGGCAACUCACAUACACUCAAAGUUCAAACGCAUCACUGCUUGGUUUUCUUUUUCCCAUAUCUUCUUCAGUCACUCGUUAUAUCAUUAUAUCAUUGUAACAAUUAUUUGACUUCAUGUAUGCUCUUAGCCAUCCCAUAAAUGUGUUUAGGAUAAAGAAUUACCAUAGAUCUUAUACAGCUUAUGGUUGUUCUUUACAAUAUCUCUUGCCAGUCCAGUAAUAUUGCAUGUCCUUAAAAAAUAAAGCUGGAAUCAUGAAUGCAGAAAUCGAGCAAUAAGAGUAGAACUAGUAUAAUAAAUGAGUUGGUGGUUUAUUAAAUAAUGCAGUGUCGUUAUAACUUUUAAGUUGUAUGCAACUGAAAUUCAAAGGAUUAUGCAUGGUCCACAGUGAGUGGUAACUAAUUUCAUUUUGGGACUUUGUGUGUAGAGUUUAUAUCAUAUACACGAACAGAGAUUGACAUUGCCAAGAAACAGGAAAGAUUGAUUGCUCAAGCUUAUCUGGGUUUAGGAAUAUCAUAUAUUUUGACCACUCACACUACUUGAGAAGGGUGAAGAGUAAGGUACUUAUUCAUAUGAAAAUUAACCUUAUUAGGAGUUUACAAUAAGAGCCUAUAACAGGAUCCAAUUGUGAGGUGAGUUGGCUUUGACAAUAUUAGUGCUAUAAAUUACAAUUCUAUAUUUUUUGUUGGCCCAACUGAGAGCAAUCAUAACUUUUGAACAUUUAAUGUAUAUCCUUGGUUAUUGAUGAUUAUGACGGAUACUAGUUUGCUAAGUAAACAACUUUAUUCUUAAUCUGCUACUACACAUUCUUCCCAGAGUUUUGUCAGGUUUGAACUUUGAUGAUUAAAGUCGUUAAAACAUUCAAGUCUGUUUAAGUUCUUUUAACCAUCACUGCUUGUGGCCUACUUUUCCUUUGUUUGCCAUUAAUUAGAAGUGUUACUUUGCUUUCUGGAUUAUGGAUACAGCAUCUUAUGCAGAUUUUAACAACUGGAUAGAUUUCCCUUAUUGGAGCACAGAGACAAGUUGCUUAACUUAUUUGCGUUGCAUGACCUUUCUGGAGGUGGUACUUUUUUAACGAAGAAGAAGCUAGCCAAGCUUCUGGUUCCAUUUCCAUUUCUGUUUUCAGUCGUGCUGUCUCGAUCAUUUGCAAUGCUAUUGUUAGUUUGAGAAUCCAAAGAGAUGUUUGCCAACUUUAGCACAAUUCAGGCAGAUCAUUUUGUUCUGAUCUUGAAUUUGCUGCACAGAUCUUCUCUUCCUAAAUUGGAGUCUUACCAGCAAUGAUGAGCUCUGAUACGAUGUCUAUAUUUAAAUGGGAAGUGAAUCUGAGUCAUGCAACACGCUUCAAGAGAUUUUGAAGUACGUGAGCUAUUAUAUAAAGUUCAGUGAGUGAGCUAGCUGACUGAACUCGCUCACUGAACUAUAUGCAGACAAAGACUUGCCAACCAAUGCAAUACAUACACAAACUCACUCAGUUAGGAGAUUCUUUAUUCUUUCUAAAGUAUUGCCUAUCAUCUCUUAGUUGCACCAAUUAUGAUGCCUGAUGUUUAGCUGGACAGUGAAGAGGUGGUUUGAGUCCUCAAUCUGUGGCUUGAUAUAAUUGUCACAUUGUUUCUCGAUAGAGAAGGCUAUUGGAAAACUCGGGGCUGUACUGGAUGGUUUUGAGUGGUUAAAAGUGUUUCCUUCCUUCAUUCUUUAGUUUUCAUGGGAAACUUCUCUUGUAUGGAACCUUUCGUUUCCUUCUUGCUCAAGCCUUCAGGGAGCACCUCUUUGAAUUGAUUUAUUUACUUUAGUUGCAAGCUAUGACAAGAAAAGCAGACAAUUAGAAUCAUAGAAUCGCAGUGUGCUUAGCCAAAAUAUGUAACCUAGGAGCUUCAUGUAAAUAAGAUUUUAUGGGAUGUUUAUAUCA